CAUUGCAUCCUCGUGAUUUUUUGCCUACGAUUUUAUUGUUUUCAUAAAUCUAAGUAAUGAUGAAGUAUGUUUUAUUAGAUUAAAGCAAAGAAUUUAUCUCUAAGGACAUUAUAAUACAAUCUCGCUUACUAAAACAUGUGGUUAAAAUGUGUUAAAUGUUUUAUCUUAUUGGACAUUGUAACUGCGUAAAUGACUUGAAUAAUGUUGUUAUUGUAAUCAUAUCGCCCUCGAUAGCAUGGCAGCAGCGAAUGCCGAGUCCGAACGGGCUCGCUUGUACAAAUUUGCCAAAAUAUUAACACUAAAAGUGGCCCAAAUCGUCGUUCAAAGUAGAGAUGGGAAAAAGAUCACACACGAGUGUUCUAACACGAAACCUUUGGACAACAGCGCUUUAUCAACGUCCCCUAGCAACUUACAAUGGUUUAACCUGUCAAUUCCCGACGAACCCGAAGUGAACUAUGACACAAAACGAAUCCUCAACGGUGAAGUGGUCACUGCCCUCACCAAUAUCUUGUGUAUCGAGAUAUCACUCAAAACCAUUGAUGGAGACGAGAUGGUACUAGAGCUGUGGACAGUGAAACUGGCCCCCUGCAUCGAAGCCCCUCUCACAUCAGUCUCCACAAUCUACUACAGGAUGAGUGUGAUGCUCAAAUCCACUCUGAGCAUUUCCAGGAUAACGCCCGCCUACAAGAUGUCCCGGGCUCAGAACAAGGAGACAUACAAGAUAUACCACAAGAUCUACGGGGGACAGCCUAAUGUAGAUCUUUUAGGCGGCAACCACAAAGAGAUCAAAGUGAGCGAGCUGCACACGCCCAUAGGGACCAUCCUCAUCGAGGUCCGGUACCGGACUAAGAUGACCAUCUUACCCGAGGACCGGCUGAAAGCGGACAUACUCAACAGCAACGGUGGCAUUAUGGUGAAGAGCGACCACUUCCCCACGGAACCCAAACGCGACAACGAGAAGAAAGGCAUAGACCUGAACAAGCCCCUUACUGCGGGCGCUUUCGUAGACGCGGACAAAAUGCGAGAACUGCACGCCAUGCUGCACCAGCAACUACCGCCAGAGCCCGUCGGCUGGCUGCUGGACUCCGACACGAAAUUAAAACUAUUAGCAGACGCGCAGAAGUUGAGGGAAAGGAAAAAGGAGGUUGAGGAGAAGGAGAGCGAGGCCCAGUGCAGCACGAGCAAGGCGAUAGAGGUGCCCCGGCCCAAGGACGGCGAGCGGUACAACAGUCUUAUGGAGUUCCCCUUCGCCGACGGCAGCCCGAUCACGGAGCUAGCCAACUUCUACCGCGACUGCGUCCACCUGCGCUCGUGUAGCGACGAGCUCGACAUACUGGCCGAGCCUUCUGACUCGCCCGACCUUAGUCAGCAGCUCAAGAUGUUCGAGGAGGCUGUUCCUGAGUUUGACAACAUGGUGGCUUCCAUGUUCAGUGAGGAUGGCGAGUAUUGAGGUUAAAUCUAGAAUAUUUGUAGACUAGUGGCUGACGCUCUUGACGAACGAUGCACAAUAGUAUUAAACGGGACUUAAUAUUGGACGUGAAACCUCAGCUAGUAGCUCAAAAUGUUCGAGGAGGCUGUUCCUGAGUUUGACAACAUGGUGGCGUCUAUGUUCAGCAAGAAUGGCGUAUUGAGGGUGACUAUUAGGAAAUCUUUUCAUAGACUAGUGACUAUGGCUAACGGUCUUGGCAAACGACACUUAGGGCCAGUUGCAUCAACCGCAGGUAACAAAGACAUCAAGGUCACGCAGCAGAAUUUUCCAUACAAAAAAUAUAGAAAUUUCUAUACAAAAAAAUUGCGAACGCUAAAUUCGAUAACAGACUGUUUGGUGCAAACGACCCUUGGCGUAUUACUAAGGAACGUAAAUCUCGGAGGACCACGGGGAUAUCGCCAUCCUCGAAAUGUCGGAGGUCAGUUUAAAUACUUAGUUAUACCUGUGCGAUUAAUUCCCGUUUAUAAUUGUGUUUAUGUGUAAAAACCUUGAAAGUUUAAAACUACAAAAAGCGAUAGAAUUGUGUAUCGUUCGCCGCGGAAUGUGAGCGAUUUUGCUGCGAGACGUUUGGUAACAAAACAGAAACUUAAAUGAGGGAAUAGUGAUAACUACGAAAGCCAAUAGAAGCCAUAACAAGUACUUUACUCGUACAUAUUUCGAAACGUACUGUCGUGUGAGCCUAUUUCAGUCGGUCUCUGUACACAAAGUAUCAAGGUUGACUGAAGUAGCAUGACAAAUAUGAUUAAGCAGUGAAGUCGGUACCACAUGAAAAACAACGAUUUUGAGAAAUAAGUAAUACUCCCAUAAGCAAGGACUGAAUCCUAACUUUGUACAUAUACUGCUGCCUUUAUUAAUUUAGGCCUCUGCGAAAACUUAAGUCAUAUAAAUGUAUAGCUUGAAUAAAAUAAAAUUUAACCUUUUUACCGCCGUCAUCGUAAACAUUGUUGUUGACAUCUUUGGCAGUUUAAGGGUUAAAUAGUAAAGUUAUGUAAGAAUAGGUAUGUAAUAUAUGUUCGCGAAGCACUGAUGUGAAUAAUAUUUUAUUAAAUAUUAAAUACAUGCUAUAUUUACUUUAGCCAAUCUGUUACUAUUGCAAAAUCGGAUAUAUCAAUAAUAAAUUGUUAAUUAAAUACUAGCUUUAUUUUAAGUGGGUAUGUUAUUUAGUAAGUUAAAAUUGUCAGCGCAUAAAAUGAGGAAAGUUCGCUAUAUCAGUGGUUAAGCGUCCGUAACUCAAUACUUAUCCUCCGACAGUUUUUUCACAAAACUGACAAAGAGGAAUGACUGUUUUCGAAACAAUAAGUUCUAUUGUGUAAUGGAAUAGACGACAUAUAUUAAGGCACGGUAAGGUGCAGUUGGUACAGAAAACAGUAUUGAUAGAAAAAAAAACAAUCGAAAAUUGUAUAAAUAGGACAGAAGUUUGAAACAAAUCAUGCACAAAAUAAAAUCUAUAGAGGAGGAUAAAAUGACAAAUGACAAGGACUUAUUGAACCUUAACCCUUUACCGCAUAUGGUUCCAAAUUUGGAACGUAAUGUUAUUUUCCUCGGAAAUCAAUUGAAAUGUCAUUUGUUUUGCUCAACUUCUACCGGGUAGAAAGUAUGCAUACUACGGAACAUUUUCUGUACUCGUUAUGACUUCUAUCUAGUCAGUGGUCCAUGAAACGUUUUCAUUUCUACCGACGUUCGGCAAUUUUUAGUUGCAAGUGCGAUCUACAACUUUGAUAUACGAUUUUCGUGAUUGUAUUCAGUGUAAUAAAUAUAUUUUAAGUAGUAAUUAUUAAAACAAUGGAUGCCGCAUGAUUUUAUGGUAAAACGCAUAAGUAUUUAUAUUUAAAUUACUAUGUAUGAUGUCGGUAAAGUAUGUUCCUAAAAUGGAACACUAUGCGUUAUAGGUAAAAUAGAUUAGACUAAUGUGGAACUGUAUGCAUUAGUGGUUUUUUUGUGAGUUUGACAAAUAUGGAACUUCAUGCAGUCAGUGUUUCGUACAUAUAUUAUUUUACUUAAAUAAAGUGUUUUAAAAUAAAAUAAAAAAUAGUCUAUUUCCAAAAAAAAUCCACAAUUUAAAAUUUACAGUUUAGGUAUCGUAUUACAAACAUUGUAGCCUGAAAUCGCAUAUAUAUUGCCACAAAUGCAGAUGUUAUUUUUGCCUAAACAAAGACCGCAAUUGUUUCCAGAUUUUUCACGUAAAAUGAUUUAUUGACGACAUUGUUUUUCAUGUAAAAAGUUUAUUUUUAUAUUGUCUUCAAGUGCUUUGGUUUUCUUUUUCACGCGAAAUUAUUAAAAGUAAAAAACGUUUUUUGAAACUGUAUUUUUUUA